AUGCUGAAUUGGACAUAUACGCCAACAAAAAAAGGUGUUGACGCUGAAAUUGGAAGCAAAUCAGAUUUCAUUGUGCAGCACAAACCAAUAUCAAUUGAAAUUGAUGCCACCAUAGGAAGCGAUAGUACUAAUAAAAGUUUUAGAACUUUCACAUAUACUGAAUUGGCAGUUGCAUCAGGCAAUUUCACGAACAAGGAAUAUUCCCCAACUCUAAUGGAUUUCAUCUACAAAGGUUGGGUUAUUGAAAGGACGUAUGGACCAACAAUAAAUGGUUAUGGUUUAGCGAUGUAUAUUAGGAAGAUGGAGAUUCCAACACGAAAGGACAUCAAACUAGAACAUUUCAAUCAUCCGAACCUUGUAAAAUUCUUUGGAUAUUGCCUGAAUGAUCGCAAACUAUUUUGUGUUUACGAGUACAUUUCUAGCAUAACUUUGGAUGCAUACCUUUAUGGAGGAGGGAAGCAUGCGUGCGUAGAUCUUACUAGUGUCUCUCCUCUCGUUGGUUUGGGGAGCGGCGGUUUCGCAGCUGCGCAUGCCGCUUUGAAAGCCGCUGCGUGCAAAGUGGAUUUUAAUGCUCGGCUUUCAGAUUUUGCUUUUGUUACUCAAAACUUCCAAUUGGAUGCAUAUUAUUAUGCAUCCCCUUAG